AUGAACGUAACAAGCAAACAGAAAGAAAUGUUAUUACAAUUUCUGAAGAAAAACCCUGAUGUGGUAAGAGGUCGAAUAAACAGAAAAGCGGAAAGUCGACGAAAAAUGGUUGAAAUUUGGGAUAAAAUCGCGGAUAUCAUUAACGCAGCUGCAGUAGGACCCCGAAAAGGUGGGAAAGAAUGGGCAAAGACAUGGAAAGAUAUGAAAGCUUAUAUAUUAAAAAAAUCAAAACGACGCAGUCAUAUGGAAGGAACAGGAGGUGGUCCUCCUUCUACAAUAGUUUUCUCCAACUUCGAGGAAGAAGUUUUAGAACUUUUGACUGAAGCAGCUGGUUUAUUAAAUAUCCCUGAAGGUGGUAUAAAUAUUGCACCAGCAGCACCUUUACUAAAUAUUCCUGACGGUGAUGAUAUGAACAUUGAAGCACCUUUACAAAAUAUUCCUGACGGUGAUGAUAUGAACAUUGAAGCACCUUUACAAAAUAUUCCUGAAGGUGGUAUAAAUAUUGAAGGAUGUAUUUUAAAUUUCCCUAAAGAUGAAAUAAGUAUUGACGAAUCUGCAUUAAAUGAGUAUGAAAGAGAUACAGAAGAAAUGGCUCAAAUUGAACCACAGG